GCUUUAGUGAAUGAAACGUGUCCGCGCUGCGUGGACGCGGAUUCUGCGUUCACUCCGUAAUCGAUCUUUAUUACGAAAAAAGUUAUAGUAAAUACGUGUAUAACAAAAUAAUCAUUCAAUUUAUUAGUAUUCUACGUAAUAUAAUUAUAUUUUGUGAUUAUUAAAGUGAAAAACUAGGAAGUUUUAAGAGAAAGCAUAUACGUCCGUUUAAAAAAAAUCGGCACAGUGUAAGUGGUGCGUUAAAUCACAAAUCAGAGUUCCAUGAUGAUUGGCGCGUGAACCAUCAAUCUAAAGACAUCCAGAAAAUGAUCCAGUGAUACAAAGCAGUCACGCUUGUAAGCGAUCCGCUGUAGCUACGGACGGCCAGGGCAAAGCUAUGCUCGGCUUACUUCCUUUGAAAUGGCUCGCGCGGUUUCAAGAAGGCGGCAUCGCCAACCAAUUCUUUAUGGCACUCAUGGUAACAAUACCGGUGCUGAACUUCGGCAUGUUGAUGGGCUGGCAGUCCCCCAUGACGCCGUUGCUGCAGGCGGCGGACGGGCCGGCGCCAGAGCCCAUCACCGACGAGACCAUCUCCUGGAUGGCUUCCAUCACCUUCUUCCCGCCCAUCUUCUGCGGCUUGUUCGUGGGCGACCUAGCUGACCGCUACGGGAGGAAGAUUACCACCUUGCUUACUUCUCUAUGUCUUGUGAUUAGCUGGGUCAUCAUCCUAUUCUCCCUGCGCCCCUGGGCGUUGAUAGCAUCACGAGCAGUUGCCGGGUUAGCCUGUGCAGGUUGUUAUGUUGUCACACCUUUGUAUUUGAAGGAGGUGGCGGCAGACAACAUCCGGGGAGCGCUGGGCUCCCUCUUCAUCCUCUCACAGAACCUGGGCUACCUGAUAGUGUACAUAGCGGGCGACUACUUCUCCUUCACGGCGGUGAUGUGGUUGUGCACCGCCAUACCCGUCCUGCAUAUGCUUGUGUUCCUGGCGAUGCCCGAAACACCAGUAUUUCUAGUCAAACAAGGAAAGUUAAAGGAGGCGCGAGCUGCAUUGGCGUGGUUACGGCAUACCUCAGUCGAUGACAAAAACUUAGAAGAGGAGGUGCAACAACUGGAAAGAGACGAGGAGUAUGCUAAGUCCAUGAAAAAAGCUUCUUGGAAAAGCUUAAUACAAGACAAAACGACAUUCAAGGCGUUCCGCAUAGCGGUGAACGUCAUGCUCUCUCAAGAAACUUGCGGUUACCUGGUGGUGCUCAUGUACGCGGGGUCAAUCUUCGAGCAGGCUUCAGAGUCGAUCAGCCUGACGCUGAGCCCGAACAAGCAGACGAUAGUUGUCGGCGCAAUACAGUUGCUGGGCUCUAUUGUAGCUAGCUGUAUUGUUGAGAAGACUGGACGGAAGUGGCUUCUCGCAGGGACGUCCUUCGCAACGGGCUUGUCAAUGCUGGCUCUCGGUGCCUGGUUCUACAUAACAGCCAUGUCGAUAUGGCUGCCCGGCUGGCUGCCAGUGGUCGCCAUGUGCUUGUGCAUCUUCGCAGAUGCCGCGGGAUACCAACCUGUGCCAUAUGUUAUAACGUCGGAGCUGUUCUCGUUUCAGCAUCGUGGCAUGGUGACAUCGUUUGUCAGCAGUGUGGACGCGCUCAGCGACUUCCUGCAGACGAAGGCAUACGACCCACUGCUCAAGCUGCUGGGCAUCCAUUGGGUCUUCAUCAUGUUCUCCUUCGUUUGCUUCAUCGGCACAGCUUACACCGUACUCUACGUGCCAGAGACAAAAGACAGAACUCUGGAAGAGAUUUACGCGGUACUCGACGGAAGACAGAAGGAGAAAAGGAAAGACGUGGAGAAUGGGAAAGAGAUCAGUAGACUAUAGUUACCGCGGAAUAUAGACAACAGACAAAUAGAACUUGCGACUUGAGGAAAUUUUACUUCUUCGAAUUCUGACCUUUCAGGUAUUUUUAUUAGGCUUUCUAAACCUACAAAGCUACAAAAGAUUUUUAAUUUGUAUUAAAAAUUAAUUAAACCGAUUUUAAUUUCAAAUGGUGGGUAUAGCGAGGUUUUACGGAUCCCACAAACAUAAUGAUCCAAUUGACAAUAAUAUCGACAAUAUCAUAGAAUGUUUAUGGGGACCUUUAGAAUUAGUUUUGAAUGGAAAACCUCCAGUAUGGUAGCUAAUAAAUAAUAGGAGUCUAUUCCAAUAAGGUAUCGAAAGUACCUACUUAAGAAAUUCAUUACAUAAAAAUAAAUCAUUUACUUGACAUUGUUAUGAGAAGGCUGAAUAAUUUGGCCCUCAAUGUUUGUUGCAAUGGCUAAAAGUCAAGUUCAUAUUGUGAUAGUUGAUAUUGUGAACAUAUUUUAUUGUGCCUAUUGACUUCCGAUUGUGAUAUUAAUGACGAAUAAAUUAACGGUAUUAUUAGUGUUUAAGUUCAGAAGCCAUUAAAUAAUUUAUGUAAA